UAUGAAAGCCAGGUGCUGUGGCCGUGUGUCCCCAGCUUCCACGACACGCACACCCAACAGCCAAUACUCGACCGGAGCGACCACGAAAGAAGCUCAGCCUGAAGUGCUCUCCCCUCUAUCCGCCCCCCGAAGCUUGGACGAGGGUGUACUCGGUGCCGCUGCGGACAGUGAAAGGCAUGCUGUGCUGCUGAGCGUUGCACGACCCCACACUCCCUCGCUCUCUGACUCUCAGCUUGUCAUCUCCCUCCAUUGCACGUCGCGCUAUACGGCCUGCUCACCGCCCCUGCCGCCCUGUCCUCGCCGCCUCCCCCAAGCGACGCAUAAAAAGUCUCCUCGGCCCUGUGAUAGAAUCUUCCUGGUCCGAAUCGAUCGCCCUCCCAUCUCGCCCUUCGUAAGCCAUCCCCAAGCAAAGCGCCACAAGCGACUGCCGUUGCACGCGUAAGCAUCUCGGCAAUGUACACCCAAAUCACAGAUGUUCUCUUCUCCGAGCGCGAGGACAGCCUAUGGGACGCCUCGACUCUCUUCCCGGGCGAAUCCAGAAAUCUCUCUGUGACACAGCCCAUGGGUGUAUUCGACAGCAACGACUACCCACUUCUGCUCUCAUACCCAAACCCAAUGUUGCACAAAAGCCUCGACGAUCUCUCGCUUUCGCUCAACGCUCCCCCGUCCUUGCCAGAAGUUGCGCCGAUGUCAUGGCGUACGGCGGCAACGGAGGCGGCAGAGGGCAUUCACUACGUGAAAGAGCGCUUCCCGAGCGAGCACGUCUCGUACCUCUCACCGCCGUUUAGGAUGGAGCCGAUUCAGGUUGAGGCAAACGAGAAGGUCGUGCUCCUCGACGAAGUCUCCGACUUCGCGGUGAGGGUGCGCAAAGUGGACGACGGCACGGUUGGUGUCGUACCCGUGUGGGACAUCGAGGAUCCGCUGGAAAGACUGGCGAGGAUGAACAUGGAGUUAAAUGAAAUCGUCACGUCGCCGUCAUCACCGGCCUUCCGUCGCACGUUUGCGACCUCCUUCCCGAACCAGACCUUCGUGCACUCGAUCAACGACAAGACGGGCGCAGCCGCCGACGGCUCGUUCAGUUCGCCUGAAAUGGGCUCGGACGACGACCUACCCGUAACGCCCACCUCGCUCGGCCCAACGCCGCGCAAGCUGGAGGCACGCAAGGUUGAGUUUGCGCAGACGCCGCAGAAGACAAUAUUCCGCUAUCUGAGGCCAGAACACUUCGAUCCUGACGUCAGUGAUGAUGAGCGCUGGUGCGAUGGCUGGGAGGAACGCGAGGGCGCGGUCGACGAGGAGUCGGAGGGUGUGCCCGCCGAAGGCGCUGCACCGGCCGAGCAGGAGCGGCCCAGUCGACCGAGGCUCCGGAGGCAGGAGGCAUUCUUUGCGUAGGACCCCGACGUUUGGCAUUCCGUUACGGUUUCUCAAGACGAUAUUUAUGACUUGUUAUGAUUGGAAUAUGACUCAAGCUUGCUCUCCUCCUCACAAAGGCUCCUAGCAUUGGACUAAUUCUCGUGUAUCAUAGAGGGUCUAUAUUUAUGUACCGUAUGUAGCUGACUGCUCUCGGUUUUUGUAGUCGCCUUACUGCUGCAGGCUACUGCCGGUAUCGAAGUUCGAAAGAAUCGGAGUUAACGC